AUGUGUAUAGACAAUGUACCUAAGACACGGCUAAAGUCGCUUUACUCUGACUUUAAGGUAUUGAAGGAACUGAACCCUGAGGGCUUUGCCGCUAACAAGCGAUUAUGGAGUGAUUUUUUGGUUGAUAAGUUAUCAAAAGAUAGAGUUGUAUUGGAAUCUGGUUCGAAGCUUUUACAGAAACUUAAAUGCGAUGAUUAUGGCGUUCCUUUGAGUAUUGAUGUGGUAUUAAACGAUUUGGUUCAACAUGGUACCUUGGUUGAAAUGGGGGAGUUCCGCAAGGGACCAUCGACAAUUCUCAAAGUCGUUAGAUGGCCAUUUAAGCUGUUUAAUCAAUCAGACUCACGAUUGAAACAUAAUGAAAAGAAUUAUUUAAAACCGGUUGACUAUGUUAUUAUGCCACAUUUGGAGAAACGUUAUGAACAAUUAAGCAACAAGUUGGACGAUAUUUGUUCAAGGGCCACGACGUAUAAGGAUCUGAUAUUUACGCAAUCAAAAUUCUGGCAGAAAUUGGAAAUCGGGAGCCGGUGGAACGAAGUCGAACUCUCGAUCAUGUUGGUGUACCUGGAGCGGUACAAGCUUCAAAUAGUCGUUGGGGGCGAAAUUGUUAAAAUUUGCAAUGAAAGAGUUGCGCCGCUCGACGUUAGUGGGAGACCUGAUAAAGUGACUGAGUUGGAUAAAAACAUCGUGUCUGUGGAAACCUCAAAAGAGAAUAAUCUAUUGCAAAUGGAAAAUUUGGAACGUCAAAUAGACAAGAUCUCCCAACAUUUGGCGCGCAGCGCCAAGGAACAGCGAUCUCGAGAUGUAAUUAAGACGCAAUUACGUAUCAAACAGGUUUUGCAGGCAAAGCUGAAAGAAAGUUGUUCGAGAUAUGAAAAUUUGGCCCUUGUUUCACUCGAUUUGGAUACUGCGGCAGAAAACGUGAAUUUGCAAAAAACGUAUCAAAAUGUUCACUCGGCUCUCAAGACCGUGAACGAGUAUAGCGGUGAAAUUGCGCAUCUUCAGGACUUGAUAAAUGAUAUUUCGGACGAACGUGCCAAGACGCAGGAAGUUAGCGAGAUCCUGGCCCAGAAUUCAGGUUCCAUCGACGAAAUUGAGAUCGAUCAGGAACUCGAAAGUCUCAUCAAAUCUAUGCACGAACAGGAUGAAGCCCUUGAAAAGCUUAAAAAGCUGGAAAUAAAGGACACAGAGCCAAAGGUAGAAUGCGACCCCGAAUCCGAACCGCCCACUAAUAAAAUACAAGUACCUUUACCGUCAUAA